AGGAACCGGGGAAAGGUGUAGGGGCCGGGACCCGCCGACUCCGGAGUCCGGAGGCGGGGCGGGGAGUGGCAGGGCCGCGGCGGCGGGCGCCCCGCGAGGGGCUCAAGCGAGUCACGCUUCCUCCUUCCCUCCCCGCCCCUUCUUCUCCUCCCACCUGGGCCUCUGCGUGGGGACGCGCACCUGGCAACCGGCGGCCGCUCUCGUCCGCCUCCCCGCCCUCUCCGCUCGGGCGGGGCGCCCGCCCCUCGCCCCUCGGCCGGCGCCGCGCUCGCUGGAGGCGGCCUCGAGCGCUCGCUCGUUGAUGCCGUUUUGGGGGUGACCCGGCGCGGUGGCGGUGCCUCCGUGGUGGGGGCGUGUUAGUGGCCGCGGCUCUGCCGGACGUCGAGGGCGCGGCUGCGGGGUGGCAGGGCGGCCAGCCGGCGAGACGCCGCGCGCAGCUCGGCUUUCGGGGCGCUGGAGGAGGCCUGCACGGCCGCGCGGCAGCGGGAGAUGUUGGAGCUGAGGCACCGGGCAGGCUGCCCCGGCCCCGGGGGAGCGGUGGCGCCGCCACCCCGCGAGGGAGAGGCAGCCGGCGGCGACCACGAAACCGAGAGCACCAGUGACAAAGAAACAGAUAUUGAUGACAGAUAUGGAGAUUUGGAUUCCAGAACAGAUUCUGAUAUUCCAGAAAUUCUACCAUCCUCAGAUAGAACCCCUGAGAUCCUCAAGAAAGCUCUGUCUGGCUUAUCUUCAAGGUGGAAAAACUGGUGGAUUCGUGGAAUUCUCACUCUAACUAUGAUUUCAUUGUUUUUCCUGAUCAUCUAUAUGGGAUCCUUUAUGCUGAUGCUUCUUGUUUUGGGCAUCCAAGUGAAAUGCUUCCAUGAAAUUAUCACUAUAGGUUAUAGAGUCUAUCGUUCUUAUGACCUACCAUGGUUUAGAACACUAAGCUGGUACUUCCUGCUGUGUGUGAACUACUUCUUCUAUGGAGAGACUGUAGCUGAUUAUUUUGCUACAUUUGUUCAAAGAGAAGAGCAGCUUCAGUCUCUUAUUCGCUACCAUCGAUUUAUAUCAUUUGCCCUCUAUCUGGCAGGUUUCUGCAUGUUUGUGCUGAGCUUGGUGAAGAAGCAUUAUCGCCUGCAGUUUUACAUGUUCGCAUGGACUCAUGUCACUUUACUGAUAACAGUUACUCAGUCACAUCUUGUCAUCCAAAAUCUGUUUGAAGGCAUGAUAUGGUUCCUUGUUCCAAUAUCAAGUGUUAUCUGCAAUGACAUAACUGCUUACCUUUUUGGAUUUUUUUUUGGGAGAACUCCAUUAAUUAAGUUGUCUCCUAAAAAGACUUGGGAAGGAUUCAUUGGCGGUUUCUUUUCCACAGUCGUGUUUGGAUUCAUUGCCGCCUACGUGUUAUCUAAAUACCAGUACUUUGUCUGCCCAGUGGAAUACCGAAGCGAUGUCAACUCCUUCGUUACAGAAUGUGAACCCUCAGAAAUUUUCCAGCUUCAGAGUUAUUCACUUCCUCCCUUUCUAAAGGCAGUGUUGAGACGGGAAACAGUGAGCUUGUAUCCUUUCCAGAUACACAGCAUUGCUCUUUCAACGUUUGCAUCUUUGAUUGGCCCAUUUGGAGGCUUCUUUGCCAGUGGAUUCAAAAGAGCUUUCAAAAUCAAAGAUUUUGCAAACACCAUUCCUGGACAUGGCGGGAUAAUGGACAGAUUUGAUUGUCAGUAUUUGAUGGCAACUUUUGUGCAUGUGUACAUCACAAGUUUUAUAAGGGGUCCGAAUCCCAGCAAAGUGCUGCAGCAGUUGUUGGUGCUUCAGCCCGAGCAGCAGUUAAAUAUAUAUAAAACGCUGAAGACCCACCUCAUCGAGAAAGGAAUCCUACAGCCCACCCUGAAGGUAUAGCUGGAUCCAGAGAGGGAAGGACUAUAAGGAAUUCUACAGAAAAGCACUGACAGAUGAAAUUUUGUACUUGUACAGAGAAAUGGUUAAAAAUGCAAUAGAUGGAAGUUUUACACACGUGAAUGUUUCUUCUCUGAAAUUACUGUGAAUUUAACAAACACUUACUUGAUCUAAGUUAUGAAAUAAGUAGCAAAUUGCCAGCAAAAUAUCCUGUACUUUUUCUAAAGUGUAUAUUCUGAUGUUAACUUCCUUCCCCUCACUUGCUAAGUUUCAUAAUUUAAAAGACUUGUGUUGUAAAGAGUCAAACACUAUAAAGGGAGCAAAUUGAGGCUGUCUUAAGAUUGCACCUGGCAGUGUGCCGUUUGCACAAAUAUUUACUUUUGCAUUUGGAGCUGCUCUUAAUUUUAGCAAAAUGUUUUAUGUAAGGCAAAACAGGAAGUUAGUUCUCCUGUACUUCCUCCUCUUUUAGUCUGAAGUAUUUUCUGAAGGGCUGAGUUGGAUCUCUCCA